GUACGUUCCAAGUGCGGUUCCACUAUGUCUAACGUUCCGGGAAAGAAACCCAAAAGAAUGGGACGAAAAGGUGAUUUUCCAGAAGAAGCUAGUACUAAAAGAAAGGGCGCCCUUGACAAUAAAGAGGAUGUAACACAAAAUGAGAAGGCUAAGAAAAAAAUGGGAGGGACAGGAAGUCUCAAAGGACAUGCUAAAGCCAGAGGCGCCGCACUAAAUCCAGAAGUUGAAAAAGCUGUGGAUAAAUUUGUAAAGCACGCUACAGAAUCUGGUAUCGAAGCACUCCGCGAAGAAAGUCGGAUAGUAUUAGAAUUCCGACCACCGGCAGGUUCUUGCACAAAAUUCUCGUCAAUGCCGGAGAGGAAUCGCUUCCCGGAGAUCCAGUGUCUUGAUGAAACCCGAAUAGUACUUGAAGAAACUGAACCAUCUACUAAUACAUACAUUCAUGCAAAUCGAGUUAAGCUAGAAAAGUCUGAUCGGACCUAUAUCCUAACACAAGGUCCUAAAGAAAACACUAUAGAAGAUUUCUGGCGCAUGAUUUUCCAAGAGCAGUGUGCCGGAGUAGUUAUGCUGUGUAAUUAUUAUGAGGAUGGCAUGCAAAAAUGUGAUGAAUUUUUCCCAACAGAGAAUGGUGGCUAUAAGUACUAUGGGAAGAUGUUUGUUAAUAAUAAAAAAGUGGAUCACCUUGAUCAGCAUGACAUCUACACGCUAGAAAUUUUGCCAGACGGGUGCUCGAACUCCAUUCUUACACGCCUUGCGCAUUGCACCACUUGGCCUGACAAAGCUGUGCCAGCUAGCGGUCGGAUGGUACUACGAUUACUGAAAUGGAUGCAGGCCCUAGAAGCAAUGGCUCCCGUCGCAGUAGUGAGCGGCGCUGGUGUUGGACGUGCGGGCACAUUUUUAGCGAUUGAUCAAGUUUGUUGUCGAUUAUUCAAGGGAUUCGACGUCUCGGUGAAGGAUGUCGCACUUGAAAUUAGAAAACAACGUGCCUAUGCCAUAUCGAAUGAAUUACAGUAUUUUUUCGUCUACUCAACUGUACUCGACUACAUUAGGGCGAAAAUACCGAGAUAUCACAAUGUUGUGUCAAAAUUCUAUAACGAACUGAGUCAGGCAAUAUAA